AUGGUGCUGGUGGUUGAGGUGCUGACGUAUGUGUGGCUGACGGUCGGUCUGGCCGGGGCUGACACCAUCACCUUCCACGACGGUCCGGCUGCUGGACGCUUGGGUCUGCUUCCUCCUAUACUGCCUGACGGAGAGGUCACCAGAGGACAGGUCUUCCCCCGACACUCACGCCCCCAUCUAGAUCUUCCUCGCCCAUCAGCCACGUCCCGGGGGCUCCAUGACGCCCCUGGGACACCUCGAGCUGGAGGCCAGGAAGGUCAACCCCAGGAGGAGAGAAACGAAGACACACAGACGACCGUCACCAAGAAGAAGGGAAACAACUCUUACACUCAGGUUGUCUCGACGCCACAGUACGCGAGAAGCAAGAGAAAAACACGGGACUUGCUGCCGGACUUUGAGCCCUUCCCAGAGCACCUCGGGGACCUGGCGGGGGAAGGCCUUCACGACCAAGAACUAGAAGACGACUUCCUCCUCCUCCCUCUCCCUUACUCCUCCAAAUGGAGUAGGAUGGAAGAGAAGAGGAGCAGGAGCGGGCGUGGCAGGGGGCACCGUAGGCGACACAGAGUCCGCCACGGUAAGAGGAGACGAGAGAAGGAGAACAGUGAGCUACUGCUACCGGACUCAGACCUCAGCUUCGGCAGCGUCCUUCAGGAGGCUCAGGGCAAGAGAACGUUUGAGGCAACACAACACCACAGCCACAGCCAGGCUCCGUCAUACCUCUGGGCAGUGGACGAUAAAGCCACUACUGAAAAUAUGGUCCAGCUUAACCAGCCAUCAGGAUUCUGGCCGCGUGUGGGUAAGGGUGAGGGUGAAGGUGAGGUUAAGGGUGAGGGUGAAGGUGAGGGUGAAGGUGAGGGACCACAAAAACAUAAGAAACCUUCGAUGCCUUCUCUCAGUGACCCCAAUAUGGCCCUCAGUCCCUCGCCUCCCGGCCCCUCGGCUCCUGGGACGCCCGGGGCCCUGACCACGACCUCUCACCUUACCAAUGACUCCCAGGGCGCCCCGACGACCCACCAUACCGUCGUGUCCUUGCUCACUAACACCACCAAUGAUGUGAAUUACCGACAGGGUCCAAGAGUGUCUGGGGAGGGCAGCAGUACCCUGAGGACCCCAGAGGACCACAGCUGGGGCCAUAAAGCUGUGGUCAACGCUUCCAUAAUGCAGGCGGACGAGGUGACGACUGCGGCAGACGACCUCCACCACCACGCGGCCCCCUCCCUGGCCACCAAAGCUGGCAACCUUCUUCCUAACGUCACACAAAAGCCUCAGGAUUCCAGACGUGAUCCCUCGGAAUCCAACAAGCGUCAGGCGAUAAAACUUGGCAGUGGGGCGCGCCACCCAUCACAGAUGAACCCGGGGACCGCGCUUAAAAAUUCAGAGCAUUACGCCGACCCGAAGCUCAUGAUGGGCCCGUUGACGGUGAAUCAUAGCCCAGAAAAACAUGACAACAGCAUCUCUGAGUCUCUCCCCACCUCGGAGAAUCUAUCAGCGAGACAGGUGGAGAAUAAUCGACCAGAGGAAGGUGUGAAAACUGAGAAGGUCGGAAGCGGUGAGGGGCGGAGGGAGGAGACAAACGGGGCCUUGCGGGUGGUGGGGUCUGGGCCGCCCCUACAGCUCUCCGCCCCACAUCCUUUCCCUCACGUCUCCCCGGGGAAGGCCGCCACCGAUUUACGGUCUGGGCGGGGCGGUGCUCCUGAUACUACCUCCGGGCACAGCAGCAGCAAGGACGAGGACGAGCACGAGGACGUGGCAACCUUACAGCCAUCACCCAAACCAAACGACGUGCCAAGUGACGACUCAACCGAGGACGUGAACCUACACACACUGUUACCAACAGCCUCAGAUGACGUGUUCUACCCUUCGUCCCUCCCUAUCCAGCAGGGCCUCAGACGUGCUCACUCGUCCCUCAGCACCACAGACUCCCCCAGUGGCUGCUACAGUACCAACGACGUGGUGGUGGUGGUCUUCCUCACCUCACUCGUCAACUUGGUGGCCUUCGUGCUGGUGACGGUGAUGCUGUGUUGGUGUUCCCUCAGGGGUCGUCUAGCCUCCCCGCCACCACGACCACUACACCCAGACGACCACAACGACCAGCUGGACGACGAUGUAGAAGAGAUAGUAGCACCAGAAGGCUGUCUUGAAGCUUGCCUCCCAGAUAUCUCCUACCAGCGCCACAUAGCCCGGGGAUCGAACCUCCGCCCGUCCUUCGUGGUGGGUCGAGCGCUCCGACCUCUCGUCCACCCUCACACACCACGACUGUCUCACGCCGUUCACGAAUUACUCCACAACCUGACGGGGCCGACGGAGGAAGCCCAUAGGGGGGUAGGGGUAGAAGAGGAGGAUGGAGGAGAAAGAGGAAGAGGAGAAGAGGAGAAGAAGAAGAUACCAAGUAGGAAAAAGAGUAAACCAAGAUGGCUGAAAAGACGUUCUCUUUCCUUGGAGAAUUUGACACUUACCUGACCAUCUUCCUCAAUAACUGUGUCUCAUGAAUCAUCGACUUAUUCCUCUUCCUCUUCUUCUUCUGUUGCUUGUUCCGUGCCUUCAACUGUUGCUGAUGCUUCUUCUUCCUCCUUCUCCUCUUCUUAUUCUUCGUCUAUUCCUGCUGUUAUUGGUGGUUCCUCCUCCUCUUCUUUCUUCUCUUCUUCUUCUAUUGUAUCGUCUAUUUUCAAUCGUCUAUCUUCUUUAACAAUGUCUUCUCCUCCUCCUUCUUCUUCUUCGUCUUCUUCUACUUCCUUCGCUAUUUCUUCUUAUUCUCCCUCUUCUUCUUCCUCUUCUUCGUCAUCUAGAUUUUCAUCAUUUCUUGUCACGUCUUCUGCUUUAAUCCCCUUCAAUACCUCUUCCAUUAUCCCUCUUAUCACUUCUUCCUCUUCUACUUCUUCUUCUUCCUCUUCUUGUCUCCCUUUCUCUCAUCCUUCUUUGGUUAUUGACUCUUCUUUAAUUAAUUUCCAUCUUUAUUCUUCCCCUUGGCUGUCUACCACUCCUUCUAUGUCCUCUUUAUCGGCAAAUUCCUCUUCCACUUCUUCUUUUUCUUCGCCAUCUCCUCUUCUUCUACCUCUUCCUUCUUCUUCUUCUCAUAAGUGUCCUCCGUAUUGCGCUUCCUUCUCUUCUCCUCCUCCUCCUACUACACCUGUUCAGUCCUCCGUUUCCUUAUCUUCCUCGAUUAUCCCUCUUCUAUCUUCCUCUUCCUCCUCCUCCUCCUCCUCUACCCCUCUUCCUCCUAAACUUCCUCAAUCUAUCUCCUCCUCCUCCUCCUCCUCCUCCUCCUCCUCUACCCCUCUUCCUCCUAAACCUCCUCUUCCUACCUUCUCCUCACCCUUCUCCUUGUCGUCUCCUCCCCCCUCUGCUCUUCCUCCCGCCGGCGCUCCAGGGAAGAAAAAAGACGAGAAGACAAAGGAAAAAUAUUCGGAACUGCAGCAGCCUAGACCAAGACUCACCACCGCCCCGAUAUCAGCCGACCCGAUACUCGCCGCCCCGAUAUCAGCCGACCCGAUACCUGCCCCAAGACCAACCACCCCGAUGCCCGCCGCUCCAAGACUGCAGGCGGACAACAGACGAGCACAAGUAAACACAGGAAUUGAAUCAUAAACAAAAAAAUAAUUUAAAAAUAAAAAUAAAAUAUUUCUCAGUGGAACAAAAAUUGAGAUUUGACGGAUUUGAGUUGAAGAAUUUGUUAAGGUUUAUUAUUAGAUUUUUAAGAACAUUUUAAGACCAGAUAAAUUACUUUGAAAAACAUUUAAUUGUGAAGAUAUUUUAGUCCUGGUAAAUAAAUCUUUCAAUAACAUCGAAAUUUAAUGAUAUUUUAGGACAAGAAUUUUUUUCUUUUUUACGGAAUUUUGAAAAGAAUGAAACUUUAUAAAACCAAUAUAGGAAUUUAUAGAAUACAUUUAUAUAUAUUGACAUUUUAUACCAAGUAAAUUAAUUUCUUUAAAAGACAUUUAUAGUUGAGAAAUUUAUAGGAAAUUACAAUAAACAUAAUUUAUUCUGAGCCAGAGGAAAGAAUAAGCUGAAUAGUUACUAAAGUUGAUAAAUUUAUUCUAAGGUUAUUAAUUAAAAUAAAUGUGGAAUUAAUCAAGAAGAAAUUAUAUAAAAUAUUUGGUCAUACAAUUAAUUUAUUUCCAAACAGGAAAAAAAUAAAACAUUCACACGCAAUUUAUUCAUAAAAACUUAUUAUCAUGACUUUUUCCCAGACAAGAAAUUUAAUGAACACAAAAUUUAUUCCUACAAAAAAUUGGUUAUUCAAUUAAUUUACACCAAACAGAAAAAAAAAUACUAACGGUCCUUUCUGUUAACGGCACAACACCCCCGUUAACGGUAUAUAAUAACAAUGCCUGGCUUUAUAACAAUAUAUAACUAUGUAAGUUUAUAUCUAUAGGAUGACUCAUAUAACCCAAGUCAGGACCACAUAUAUGUAACCAUACCUGUUGUAAUUAAGAUUGACAGCAGGUGUGUACAUGUGAUAUUAUUUACAUAUAUGCAGGUGUCAGGUGUGGUACUUUUCACUUAUUGAGGUCAGGUACACAUGUGUGGGUCAGUUACACUUAUGUGGGUUUAGGCACACAUGUCGGUCAGGUACACAUGUGGUUCAGGUACACAUAUGUGGGUCAGGUACACAUGUGGGUCAAGUACACAUGUGGUUCAGGUGUACACAUAUGUAAGUCAACUAGAUAUCCUGUAGUGGAAAGGUAAUACAGACACGUUUAUGCGUCCCAAACACAUUCACGACGCACUCACACACGACGCACUCACACACGCACUCACUGGCUGGGGCCCUCCUACACGUCCCAGGUAAUACCAACAACAUGAGCGCGUGUGGACACUUUACCAACAACAAACUCUCCGCCACACCUUAAAAAAAGAAGAUAGUUCCACACAAGACCAAAACACACUCUAACUCACUUGGUAUUUCGUAAUAUAAAAAAAUAUAAUAUUCAACGAAAACUUUUACGAAUAAACCGAAAAAUUAAUAUUAUCGAAAUAUAUAAACAAAAUCUUUUAGUAGUUAUUGUAUUUACAAGAAAAAGUGGGUUUUAAAAAAUAUGGCGGGAAAGUUGUUUUGUUUACCUUCGCCGUGAUUGGUGGAUAGUUGAAGACGAUCGACCUAUUAGAAUCUUGAUAGAAUUUGGAGAAGUAAUAUCGACUGUUUUGAUUGGAGUUCGCCUUAAAGACUCCCGCCUUACCAGAUAUUUAAAUAAAUUUUACAUGGACGGACAACAUUUGCUCAUAUUGAUGUUCACUGAGAUAGCCAAUCACAUCCCACACGAUAUAUCAGACGGGUAAUGUUUGCUGUUUUGAUCGGUGUUCACCAGAAGUCUGCCGACCAAUCAACAUCACAAGAAAAUAGCACAGACAAUAGUUACUGUUUUCAUUGGUGUUUACUGGGCCAAUCAGAACGACACACUGUAUUUACGUAUCAUUAUUACUUACACAAAUUAAACAGAAUAUUCAACACACUACAAAUACCUGGAACAAGGGUCAUAAGUGCACUUAUUAUGCACUUGUAGGAGGCAACAAUACUUACAAUUCUAUGCCGUAUGAAGAAGUAAUUUACAAAACUCUUGAGAACAAACUAAUUAUUAUCGUCAUCUUUCCGACAAGUAAACACAUUGAUCAAACUUGUAACUCAAAUCAAAUUCAUAAAAAAUAGAUAUUAUAUUUUACUGAAAUAUUUUAUACCAUAUGGAGAAAAAGUAUUACCAGAUCAACGAUAUAACCUCCUCGAUAAAGUUUAUAUCUCGUCGCUGUUCACAUCACCUAAUUGGACACACUGAAUGGGGAAGAAAAAAAUUUAAGCAGAUUGAUAAAAAAAGGGAAGAAUUAUGAUCGUGAGAAACUAUUAUAUUGACUUGGUUUGUAUUAUAAUGUUGUACUUGGGAGACAGUGAGGGAGAGAGAGUUGUUUGCAUUCUCUUCUGCCUAAGGAGGACACGACUACCCCCCCUUGAGGGACGCCACGCCAGACAUAUCAAAACAUUGCAUAUCAAUAUUCUAACUCUUCUUAUGAUGGUGACAUGUUUACAACGAAUUUACCAGUGUGGGAUAGCGCUUUCUUGUGUCUUAUUGCAAAUUUUGAUACAGGUCCUAUUGUUGCAAUAUUACACGUUCGCAUAGAUUGUUAAUUGCAAAAAAUAAAAAAAAUUUAAUCCUGAAAUAUGGGACGAGGUGUGAUGUGUCUUAUAGUGCAUUUUGAUAAUGGUCAUUUAUUGAGAUGUUUCUUGUUCUCCUUGGCGCGGAUCCCACACGUCUUGAGGUUUCGUUGGCCAGGUGUAAAUAUAACACAGGCCAAAUGUUGCAAGAGUAUACUGUACAUCGCCAUAAACAUUCAUUGCAACUUCCCUGAAACGUGGUGACGUCGACGGCGGUGUGUUGUGUGUUAAGGAGAGGUUUGAUAAAGGACUUCAAAUGUCAGACUCCUGCACCUUCCCGCCGGCGCUAAUUGCAACUGUCUUGACUCUCAUUGCAAAUUCUGAUAAAGGCCUUCCCAGAGGCGCUAAUUGCAAACGUCUUAAAGAGAUCUUCCUUGAGAUGAAACUUGAAGGACGACAUCUCCAAGACACAGAGAGACAGAGAGAGACAUCUUGAAGUAACCGGAGCUUAAGUGAACACUGUGGUUCAUCUCUCAUCAAUAACAUCUCUAAGAUAAACGAUAUAUAUAAUAAUAAUAAUAAUAAUAAUAAUAAUAAUAAUAAUAAUAAUAAUAAUAAUAAUAAUA